AAUGGUUGAGACAGAGUGCUCAAUAUCACAGUAACGCUGACUAUCACCAGGAACCUAUCCAUAGUUUGGGGAGAGAUCGAGCACAGAUACUUUAAGGAACUGGAGAGGAAAGAGAUUUUUCAUCAAAGACCAUCUCUCACAAUGGCCAAAUUGUGGAUCAUUUUCGUGACAUUGACUGGAAUGAGUGGAUAUUUGGGUGCGCAUGUGAAACGCCAAUUUGUUGAUCCAUUUCUGGAGCCAGAUUCUGUUGUUGUGGACAGCUACAAUGAUUCGAUUCUCGUGCGUGAUCCUCUGAGUGAUUGGCUGGCUGGUCUUUUUCCCACAUCCACCAAGCAACCACCCUUGGGAGAACAUCCGAAAGAUUGCAAAUCGUGUGAGUGCGGAAUUCCCAAUGAUCACACACGAAUUGUUGGUGGGAUGACGACAAAGGAGCGCUAUUUGCCAUGGAUGGGUCUGCUCACGUACAACUACAGGUUCUACUGUGGCUGCACGUUGAUCACUGAUCGGUACGCUUUGACUGCGGCUCACUGCGUGAAAGGAUUCCAGCCGAAGUACAUAAGAGUGCACUUGUUGGAGCAUGACGUGAAGAAUCUGAAGAAUAACACAGUCAGAGGGGUCGUUGGCUUCAAAAUUCACAAUCAAUACGAUUCCAAUACGUAUAAUUGUGAUAUUGCUCUGCUGAAAAUGGACAGGCCUGUGGAGUUUAGGGAUUCUCUGCGACCAGUUUGUCUUCCUGACUUCAAGAAGAGCUUUACAGGAGUUGAUGGAAUUGUCACGGGCUGGGGAGCGACUAGGGAAAAUGGUCCAUUGGCUGACAAGUUGCAGCAAGUGAAUGUGCCCAUUCUAUCCAAUGCGCAGUGCAAGGAGAGCAAAUACGGCCAAAAUAGAAUCACUGAGAAUAUGUUGUGUGCUGGCUACAAGGAGGGUGGAAAGGAUUCUUGCCAGGGUGACUCCGGAGGACCAAUGCACGUCCUGACACCGCAUGGAGUCUUUCAGCAAGUCGGAAUAGUGUCAUGGGGUCAGGGCUGUGCCCGUCCCAACUAUCCAGGUGUCUACACGCGUGUCAAUCGUUUCCGUUCGUGGAUCCAGAGGAACACAGCUGACUCCUGCAGCUGCGAAAACGAUUGAAAUUGUCCUGAUUAAGGAGGAAUUGUGAGACAAUAAAUGUGAAAUGUGA